GGAUAGCUCUCAUUUGCAUUUGGGGCCCCUUAGCCCAGGAAUAGCCCCAAACUAGCAUUUAACUAGCGAACUCCCUAGAAUGGAGAACUCCCUAUCCAGCUGGGCAGCAAGGCCUUAGCUCUCCCUUGGGGAAGCUGCCCUGACUGCCAGGCAGCUCUGCCUUGUCUGAAGGGACUGGAACUAAAUGUGACCUCCUCCCUAUGAUGGCCCUUCGGAUAGCUGAAGAAACGUACAGGGCUCAAACACACAUUUGUCCUGGAUGAGUAUCCCUGAUGCCUUCAACAUAACUGCAUAUGGCAAUGUGAAAGACUCCAGCUUUUUCCUUUGUAAAAUGGAGACCUUGCACUUGACAAUCUCCCAGUCUUUGAACUCUUCCUCCCAGCAUCACAAAUGUGUUCAUCCUCUGCGUCUUCAUCCAAGGCUGGAGGGACCUUCAUGGGGAUUAUUCAGAGGGAAAUCAUCUAUCACAGAGGGUGCCUUGGAUACUGUGCACAGGACUGAAAUGGAGAAUUCCUCAGUAAGCUAUGACUACGAGGAUUACAGCCUGGGUCCUGACUUGCAUGUAGACUGUGAGCCGGGAGGCUCUUGUGCCUCCGUGGAUCCUCUUCGGAUUUCUCCUCUGCUUCUCUAUGCCGCAGUUUUCCUAGUGGGGGUGCCAGGAAAUGUGCUUGUGGCCUGGGUGACUGGGGCCACAGCUCGUCAGUCGGCCCCCUCCAUCUGGUUCUUGCACUUGGCCUUGGCUGACCUGCUCUGCUGCCUGUCCCUGCCCCUGAUGGCUGUGCCAAUCAUUCGUCAAGGUGACUGGCCCUUCGGCUCAGCCGCCUGCCGCCUUCUGCCCUCAGCCGUUCUGCUCAACAUGUAUGCCAGCGUCUUGCUCUUGGCCGGUGCCAGCAUCGGCCGAUGUCUGGCUGUGCUUCGGCCAAGCAGGGCCCGGGACCGUCUGUGGCCAGCGUGGGCGGGCUGCGGAGUCGCCUGGGUGCUGGCGCUGCUGCUCACUCUCCCCUCGGUGCUGACCCGACGACUUCACCAGGAAUACUUCCCAGAACGCUAUGAGUGCGUGGUGGACUACGGUGGGUCCCGUGGGGUUGAGGGGGCCGUGGCUGGCAUCCGUUUCAUCGGUGGCUUUCUUGGGCCACUGGGGGUUGUGGCUGGCUGCCACGGAGUCCUGCUGGUUCACCUGAGAGGGCAGCCGAAGCCCCACAUCCUGCACCUGUUGACCCUGGCUGUGGUUGGCUUCUUCCUCUGCUGGGCACCUUACCACGUGGUAGGGCUGGUGGUAGCUGCUGCAGCCCCUCACUCAGAGCUCCUGGCCAGCACUCUCCAGGCUGAGACCCUCGUUAUAGGCUUAGCCUUGGCCAAUAGCUGUCUCAACCCCACCCUAUUCCUGGUCGUAGGCCGGGCUCGGCUCCAGAGGUCCCUCUGGGCUGCAUGCCGCCUGGCUCUGGGUGAGGACAUGGAGGAGGAGGAGGAGGAUGCUGGGCCCCGAAGGAGCAAGUCUACUAGCGAAGUAAUGGUCUCAGAGAUGGUCUAGAUUAAGGAGGAUCUUGGUUGGAAUCUUGGCCCUGCUGCUUAUUAAGUGAGUGACCUUGGCUAAGUUCCCCUCGCUUCUCAGUUCCCCAUCUAUAAAAUGAGGGGUCUGCAGAAAGUAUGCAAGCUGCAUAUACCCAAUGAGGUUAAGGACAGAAGGAAAGGACCCCCUUAUACAAAAAUAUAAAUAUUUCUGUGUGUUAACAACUUUUGUUGUAACAAAGAACUGGUAACAAAUUAGGCACAUGUCAAUUGGGGAAUGGUUGAACCAGUCGUGCGGUAGGACUACAAUGGGACUUCACUGUGCUAUAAGAAUGAGGAAUAUGCCAGAUUCAGAGAAAUUUGGAGAGUCAUAUGUAAACUGAGGCAAAGUGAAGUGAGCGGAGUCAGGAGAGCAAAUUUCAGAAUGCCCAGAACAGUAGUUUGAGGGCAGAUAGCUCCAAAAGACCUCGGAACUCUGACCAAAGCAGGGACCAAUGAUGACUUCAAAAGACAUAAGGAAAUGAACCUUCUGGGAGGGGGUGGGGAGAAGGUAGGUAGUGAUCGAAAUGGGAAGAAUAACCAAAAAAGUUAUGGAUGCUCUGCAAAACUAUGGGCUCACUCUCUCAACUCAAACUGAGCUGGUAGGUCAGGUCCUCAGCGGGAGGCUACCACUUCUCCUUUCCUGUUUCUAGGCAUAGGUAAUUUUGAAGGGUUGUGGCUUCUAAUAAGGUUGCUCAUGAGCCCCCAUCGGGUAUGUCCCUCUUAAUAUCAUGUAACUGGUGGAUUUCUCCCCAAUAUCAAUUAACCAAUUAAUAUCAGUUAUUUACAAAGGAUAUUUACUAGAAGCAAGGACUGAAGCACAGCCACAUCCCUUUCCCUUCUCUCCAUCUCAAGGGUCCGUAUGCAGCUAGGUGGAGCAGUGAAUAGAGUGCUGGGCUUGGAGUC